CCUACACAACUUGAUUAACAACUCCGUCUCCGGGAGCGUGGAGCGACCCACCGAGCAGUGUACUCGCGGCACCGGUAGUGGUAGCUCGUUUGUGACGUCCAACAAUAAGUUUCAUUUACUCGUACAUUCAUUACAUUCCGGAGACAUUUAUACGCUCCACAAUGGGGGUAUUGAAGACCCUCCUCAUCCUGCAGGCGGUGUAUAUCAGCACCUGCAUGGAGCAGCUGGAUAUCAUCUACGAGUGGAAGCAACUCGACUUUGCGUUCCCGACACCAGCAGCUCGCCAGCAGGCUCUGGACAACGGCUCCUUCAUACCUAAGAACAACAUUCCGAUGGGACUGGAGGUGCACGGAGACAGAUUGUUUGUGACCGUGCCGAGAUGGCGCUCCGGCGUGCCGGCUAGUCUCAACUAUAUCGACUUAAAAGAUAAUUCCACCAAGUCGCCGUUGCUGAUGCCGUACCCCAACUGGGCAGCUCACGACACGACAAACGGCAAACCAGAGAUUGUUUCCCCGUUCAGAGUACGCGCCGACAAAUGCAACCGACUGUGGGUCCUCGACAAUGGUAAAAUUGGAAAUCUAGAAAACGACACCGUCAAGUACCCGCCAGCACUUCUCGUAUACGACUUACAAACAGACAAACUUUUGAGAAACUUCGUGUUCCCAGAUGACCAAGUGAAAGAAGACUCCGGCUUUGCCAAUAUCGCGGUUGAAGAUACAGACUGCGAAGACACAUAUGCGUACUCGGGAGAUUUGGGCAAACCCGCCAUCGUAGUGUACUCCUGGAAAAAGAAUGAAUCAUGGAGGAUCACUCACCACUACUUCCACAUAAAUCCUCUCGCCUGUGAUUUCAGCGUUAAAGGACACAAUUUCAGUUGGACAGACGCCUUGUUCGGUCUGGGAUUGUCGGCGCCAAACGCUGACACCUUCAGCACGCUCUACUUCCAUCCAAUGUCUAGUUACGACGAAUUCGCAGUUUCCACAGAGUACUUAAGAAACCAGACUGUAGCUGACAACAAUUUCAAUGCUUUUAAAUUAUUGGGAAGCAGAGGACCAAACGCCCAAUCGAGCGCUUCGUUCGUAGACCCAAAGACCGGAGUGUUAUUCUAUUCACUGGUAAAUCUGAACGCCGUAGCCUGUUGGAGGACCACGAAUAAAGAGUACAUAAUGAAAAAUCAAGGCAGAAUUUACAUGGAUGACGAGAAGAUGAUAUACCCGACUGAUAUAAAGGUUGAUUUUAACGAAAAUCUUUGGGUUCUGUCGAAUAGGAUGCCUAUUUGGAUGUAUGGGGAGCUGGAUUCCAAUGAUGUUAACUUUAGGGUAUUUUCAGCACCAGUUUUGAAAGCUAUCAGCCACACCGCGUGCGACGUGACGCCGAGGUCUGAUAUAUUAGAUAAGUUUGUAAAUAAGGUGAAGAACGUAACGAGUAAAAUUGCCGCCAAAGUCAAACCUAAUUCUGGUGUAAGCGUCAUCCCUGUUUCUCUAAUUGCUGUCACUGUCUUCAGCUUACUGACUUACUUUAUGUAAUUAGUGAGUAAAUUUUCACAUUCAUCAACAUUCCAAGUAUUGACACUUUUAAAAUGUAGUCAAUUUUUUUCAUCACAAUUUUAUGAGCGCUGCGUUGUGUCGCCAUAUCGAUUUGAUAAACAAAUUAUGAAGAACGUUUUAAAAAAUCUGGAAUGAAUUAGAUUUUAUCCGUAUUCUACGUUUUGGUGAUAAAAAUGUAAAUGUUUCGCUUGUUGUUGUGGCUAUUGAAAAUAGCAAC